AUGAACAGCACGAAAGGACGAAACCACGGACCAAUAAUAUGCCAGAGAAGGAGAAAAGAGGAAACUAGAGACAAAUCGAGGAGAUGUAGAGACAGAUCGAGGAGAUCUGUAGAGAAGAGAACUUCGGAAACCCUAGACGAAGCAGCGAAGAAGAGGAGAGGCUGGAGAGCUACGGCUGAGAGCUCAGCUCUUCUCCAGCUCAAACGAGGCUUUACAUUUACUGAUGAACUCAAUACAUGGAUUCCAGAAACGAACUAUUGCAUUUGGGAAGGUGUGACAUGCGAUGAUCAAUGGAGACAUGUCAUAAGCCUUAACCUAAGUGAUAAGCACAUCAAUGGUACGAUUCAUCCUAGCCUUUUCAAUCUCACAUCAUUGCGCACUCUGGUUUUUUCCAAUAAUGUGUUCUUUGGAAAAUCUAUUUCGGAUUAUGGGUGGGAACGGCUAGCAAAUCUUUCAAUUCUUGUUCUUCAUAAUGCUGGAUUUGUUGGGAAGAUUCCUGUUGGUUUAUCUCGCUUGACAAAGUUGACUUCCCUCGACCUCUCCAUUAGUUCUUUUGAAUUCCAUAAUCUUUCUUUCACAGUUAAACCAACAUAUUUACGAAACAUGAGUAACUUAAGGGAUUUAUAUCUUGACAAUGUAGAUCUCUCGGCAUAUGGGAAUGAAUGGUGUAGUGCUCUAGUAAAUUUCACCUUGCCACUUGAGGUGCUGAGCAUGAGCAAUUGUUCCCUCUUUGGGGUUUUUCCCAAGAAGAUCCUUCAACUAAGAAAUUUGAGAUAUCUUGAUAUCUCAAAUAAUCCAAUGCUUUAUGGUUCUCUUCCAGAUUUUUCAUUGGACAAUAAUUUUGGAAGUUUGAUACUUUCUGAUACGAAUUUCUUUGGAAAUUUACCAAAUACAAUAGGUAAUCUCAUGUUUUUGAGAAAUUUAAUACUCUCUAGUUGCCAAUUUUCUGGUAGACUGCCAUCUUCGAUCGGAAAUCUAUCAAAGCUAGUGAUCUUGGAUCUAUCAAAUAAUAGUAAAUUACAUGGGCCAAUUCCAAGCUCUCUAUUUCAACUAUCAGAACUCUCCAUCCUCUUUCUUGCUUUGAGCAUUUUAGUGAAGCCAUGGAUAACUGGCAACUAUAACAAGGCUCGCUGCACUGGUGGAUACGUGAAGGAUGUGGUUGGAGAUAGACCACAUGAGUGCAAGGCGCGAGCUGGAGGCGUUGGACGCGGGCUGGAAGCGCAGGGCACGGGCACGAGGUGCAAGGUGCUGGUGGAUGCACAGGAUGCGGAAGAGGGGCACAGGGUGCUUGGGAAUUGA